GGUGUUCUUUCCCUUCGGCAUGGGCGCCUUCCUCAGGCACCUCGGGCGCAUCGACUCGAACUUCAUCCACGACGAGGAGAUGCAGAGGUUGCGGCGGGCCCUCGCGGUGCGGAUGGUGGACAGUUGGGCGAAGCUCCCGCGGGGGCUCCAGGUCCACCUCUGCCUGCAGUUCUCCACCGAGGAAGCGCAGAGGAAUGCGGACGCUUUCUUGCGAGCGAUCGUUGGAAACGCGGAGUUGGGCAAGAAAGGUUCGUCCAUGAAGGACCGCGUUGUCAUUAUUCCUGAGGGUGACGCUCUCAACGUCGCCAGCGAUUUGGCGAUUUGGUCGGACAAGGUGCUACUGGUUAAUGGUGCCAAUCGCCAGCUCAUUGGCAACCACUGGUUCGCCAGCAGAGCCAAGAUGGCCAUAGACGAGAACUUGCACCGGCGGAGCUGGCGCCUUGCCGCCACCGCCUACAUGCUGAACGAGUACGACGGGGAGCAGGACAUUCUGCAGCGGCAAGAGGACACGCUGGUCAGGCGAGUGAAACAGCUGGGAGGCACUGUCGUCGAUCUGAACGACUCUUCCUCCUUUUUAAGCAGAUUAGGACGUUAGGGGCAGUGGCACAUCUCUUCACAGUUUUUGGAUGUGUGAUUUAAAGGAUCAUGACCACUGCUCGUCCGCCGCCAGCCAGCUCAUACUGUGCCUCUUCUGCCAGCAUCCGUGGCUCUCUCAGCCUUUGGUAUCGUGACUGUGGUGCGUGGCCAAGUAUUGGCCACCCUGACUGCGCAUGCGGAGG